GUGUGGGCAGCAACUAUCUGGGCGGGGAAGAGGAUUUUUGGAGAGGAGAGUUGAACCGACGGUCCACGCCAUCGCCGCGGCUUCAAUUCAGUCAGACUCCGUCAGUCGAGCUAAAGCCUCAGUUGUGUGUUAACGAUGUCGCUCUCCAGGUGCCUGGCGGCUUCUCUUAGAUCGCAACGCGCUCUGCAGAAGCUCGUAGUUCCUUCUACGUCGGUUGUCAACGUUUAUAAGGGAAAUGAAGUCGACUGCGGACGAACAGUCUGCGUUCCUACAGUCCAGAGCGAAGUAAGGUUGUCCAGGUACUACUCUAGCAGCAAAGGCGCCAAAGCUAUGAGGUACACAAGGUCGGACUCGUCCGAUUCCUCCGAUUCGGACAGAGAGACGCGGCCUGGAAAGCGCUACGAGAGGGGCCAGACACCAUUUUGGCGACAGAAGAUGAGAACACACCACCAGAUGAUGGACGUCAACAAAGACGGAGUCGUGUCGUGGGACGAUUUCGAAGCCCUCGUCGGGAAGUUUGCCCACUUUGGACACCUCUCCGAAAAGGAAAUCAGCAGAUUUACCGAUGCCCUGAGGCAUGUGUGGGAGGAGGAGUGGGGUGCUUCUGGCGACCCUUACUGCUUCAUUGGGCAGGAGCAAUUCCUGACUCAGAUGGAGCACGUUAUCAAUACCAAGGACCUCCGCAAGAGAGUGGCUAGUCCUUUGCCAUAUUUCUUCAAGGCAGUAGAUCGUGAUGGCAGCGGCGAGAUAUCUUUGGAGGAAUUCAAAAUGUUUUAUUCUUGCUUAGGUCUUACAGAGCAAGAUGCAGAGGAAUCUUUUGCUGCAAUAGAUCUCAAUAGUGAUGGCAAGCUCAGCAGAAAGGAGUUUGUCAAACUUGGACGUGAUUUCUUCCUCUCUGAAGACGAGGCACGACCCAGUAAGCUCUUUUGGGGACCGUUGUCCCAGUGAGGUUCAGUGUUGGACCUACUUGAAGAGCCAUCCCCCUCCAAUGUUGGUAGCUAAUGCAAUGCAGAAUUUGAGAUUGUGGAAUAUUUUAUAUAAAAUGUGUACAUAUCUUGAAUGUUAUUUAGGAGAGAGUCCCGUUGGUGAAGGAGAUUGUUACCUUGCGUUGUUGGAAGUUUAAUUAAUUGAAAAAAAUAGAUCCACAGUCAUGGGUGUUUUAAUGGAAAUAGUAAAUUAUUUUAAAGUAGUUUAUUGCGCUUGAAGUGCUAAACUGUUUUCAUUUAAUGGCAACACUGACCUUCAAUGUCUAUUUAGAACUCAAUUAUGAAUUGUUUGCUUCAGUGAAGAAUUAACUUAUAUUAACAUGUGAAUAAGGUUUUCCGUACUGUGAUGUUAAACAGAUAUUCUCAAUUGAAUGCAGCAACUGAAGUGGUGCAUGUUCAUCAUCAUAAACCAACUACUAUCCUUUGGAAUGUAUACAUUCUCUCACUAUAGACCACAACUUUUAUGUGUUAUUAUAAUUCCUUCCAAGGAAAUGCCGCUUUUGAAGCACUGUGCUUUUAUGCUUGUGUAGAUUUAGCAAAUGGUGUGUUUUAUAUUCUCCAAGCUCUUUUAGAAUUUGUACAUUCCAUAACUAUUUUUCGAUAAAAUUAUAAUUCAUUCCAAGGAAAUGUAGCUUUUGAAGUACUACUGUACUUUUAUACUUGUGUAGAUUUUGCAAAUGGUAUGUUUUAUAAUAAAGUUAAUAUUUAAA